CAGAUAGAAUGACACUGUACCAUUUCGCCAACUGCCUCGCCCUGGCGUACACACCGUACUAUCUUACGUACAAGUUCACAGGACUAGCAGAGUACGGGGCUUUCUGGAAGGUUGGACAAGCUGGUGUUAUGUACAUGUUAACACAGUUGGCUAAGAUGAUGUUCCUCGCGACCUUCUUCCCUAUGCCAGAGCUAGAAGAGGAAGAUAGUUCUCAGGCAUUCGACCUGAUGCACGAAUUCUUCCGCGCUACUGUUGAUAUCGCAGAUCUUAUUGGCAUCUACCUGGUCAUGCAGAGAGUCUCAGGCAAAGGAAGUGUGAAGAUCCUGGUUGCUGGGUUAGGCUGGGCUACAGCUGAACUAAUCCUGACCCGUCUCGUCUUCCUCUGGGUCGGAGCUAGGGGAGUAGAAUUUGACUGGAGGUACAUCCAGAAGUCCCUGGACGCAAACAUCUCCUUGGUUCACUUCAUCACCCUGGCCUGUCUAGUCUGGACCUGGACCAGGAAGGACUCCGCCCAGAGCUCAGGACUGACCGGUGUACUGGGAUUGGUUGUAGCUGUAGCCUGCUACAAGGGUGUUCUGGUCGGCGCAGCUAGUCACUAUCUUCAGCUAGGCAGCUGGGUCAACCUUAUGCAGGAUGCUGUUGUCAGCUUCUGUCUUGGACUAGUCUCCCUUCAGAUCUACAUCGGAGUUACAAACAACAACGAGAAGUACUAAUCAUUUACAUCUCGAAUACCCCUUCGUGUGUUGUACAGCACGACGUUGCAGUACUUUUAGACUGGUUGGGCAUUUCCGAGUAAUUCUGUGUUAUUAAAAACCGGAUUUUUAAACUGUACUCUGUUCAAUUACUCAGUACAUCGGUUUACAAGUCAAUUGUUAUUACUUUUAUUUGUACUCAUUGUACACAUUAAACCCUAUUCUGUCCUCGUUAUUGUCCUGUUUUGUGCGUCCUAAUUUUGUUGUUAAUUUUGCAGAAAA